CCCUCCCGCUCCGCCCUGGAUUAAGGGCCGGGGGCCUCUGGAUGCGGCUGGGGGGCUCGGCGGGCGGACGGGCGCGCGGGCCGCGGAAGAAGAACAGGAGCUUCAGCUUGGUACAGCGCCUGCUGCCUAAACCCACACGUACUGUUAGCUGCCGCCCGUGAGGGUCUCGUGCUAAUAUCAAGGUAUCCAGAUGAAAACAAAGGAAGAAGCGACUUCCAGGUGAGAAAACAGUACAAGGAAGAGGAUGCCGUAUCUCCUGAGAGAUAAAAUAGCUGAACGGCUGUGAGAGCUGGCAGCCCUGGGUCUCCAGCGUCAGGGAAAGUUUGGCGAGAGCCGUGAAAAUGGAGAAGCAGGCCCCGGAAAGCCUCGCUCCAGGGGGAGGAUCGGCAGGAGCAAGAAGAGACCGUUUUGCUAUCCAGUCGGGGGCUCUCCGGGAACUGCCUCGUUGGGCUGCCGCGCGACAGGAGGGCUUCCCUCACUGCCUGGAAUCCCAGUGGCAAGAUUUCCUGAAGACCAUUCAGUCCCCUUCCCUGGGAUGGGGAAACCCACAGCUGCCGGAACUGGCAUCCUGGGACGACGUGGUGAACUUUGAGAGGAUGUUUGGUGUCUGCAGUUGGCCUCGAGGAGACGGAGCGGCCCGGCUCACGCCAGCCUUCAGUGCCGAAGCCCAGCAAGUCUUUAGCAGCCUGAAUUCAAGAGACAAAGCAGAGUACGGGAAAGGGAAGGCUGGGUUUCUGCAAGGAAAUUCCACCAGCGCUGAGAUACAUCGCCAGCGCUUCAGGCAGUUCUGCUAUCAGGAGGCGGAGGGGCCUCGGGAGGUUUGCGGCCGACUGAGGGAGCUCUGCCACUGCUGGCUAGAGCCGGAGAGUCGAUCCAAGGAGCAGAUCAUCGAGCUGUUGAUCUUGGAACAGUUCCUGACCAUCCUGCCGCAGGAAAUCCAAAGCCAGGUCAGGGAACGUAGCCCUGAGACCUGUGCUCAAGCAGUGGCCCUGGCUGAAGGUUUCCUUCUCAGACAGCAGGCAGGUGAACACGCGGAGGAGCAGAGGUGUGAGUCAUUCCAAAGCAUAGCGGUGGAUCUUUCCGAAGCACAGAGAGCUCCGUUGGAUGCCAGGCGAAGGCCACUUGGCAGAGAGGCCAGGAGGCAAGAUAACUGUGGCUCCAGUUCUUUGGGGACCAAGAUUGCAAAUAAAAGUGAGGAGAAGUUUGAACAUCAAGAAUCCAGGGAAGAGGAGGUACCUGCAGCGCCUGAGGGAACUCAAAGGAAAGAGAAGUCCCAUCUCUGUAUCGAGUGUGGGAAAAGCUUCACUCGUCCGUCAGACUUGGCCAAGCACCUGAACGUCCACACGGGAGAAAAGCCCUACCUGUGUGUGGAGUGUGGGAAAAGCUUCAGUCAGCUCUCCCAUCUUACCAGACAUCAGAAGAUCCACUCGGGGGAAAAGCCUCACAUCUGCUCCGAGUGUGGAGAUACGUUCAGCCAACGGGCCUAUCUUGUCAGUCACCAGAGAAGCCAUUCCGGAGAGCAGCCGUACCGGUGCUCUUACUGCCAGAAGUGCUUCAGCCACCAGUCUGCCCUCAAGAUCCAUGAGCGGAACCAUAUGGGCCAGAAACCCUAUGCCUGCGUGGACUGCGGGAAGCGUUUUGUUUCCUCUUCCUCGCUCACAACUCACAGGAGGAUCCACACAGGAGAGAAGCCUCACUCCUGCGGAGUGUGCGGGAAAAGAUUUAUCCAGCAUUCAAAUCUUGUGUCACACCAGCGAACCCACUCAGGGGAAAAGCCGUUUUCCUGUAAGGUGUGUGGGAGGAGAUUCGCGUACCCUUCUGAUCUUACGAGACACCAAAAAAUCCACACGGGAGAAAAGCCCUACCCUUGCGAUGAAUGCGAGAGGCGAUUCACGAGGCUCUCUGACCUUAUUACGCACCAGCGAAUCCACACGGGAGAAAAACCGUAUCGCUGCCUGGAGUGCGGGAGGAGGUUCCGGCAGAGGGGGGUGCUCGUCAAACACCAGAAGUGCCAUUCGAAAGAGAACCCCAAAGGAGGUGAAUCGGUGCCGCCCACAGAGUUGCAGGCAGACACAGAAUUCAAAACUCAUGAGAUAAAGCAGGAAAAAGAAGGUUUAGAGAACCUGGCAGAGCCCAGCUUGAUCCCUUCUCCCAGCUCCUGAUCCUGACUACUCCCUGGCCCAGAGGGAGCAACAGUCUUUUAGGUUAGGGAAAGGUAUCCCUUUGAUCCUUUUUGCGGAAAAUGUUACUCCGUUUCUUCUGGUGCUGAGCGGCUGCUUGUGGAGAGCAGCUGUCCCUUCUCCUCUCCUGCUUGGGCUGUUGUGAACAAUCACUCUGGAGACAGUGGUUAGUUUAGGAGAGACGGAAGGCGAGGAACAGUUUUGCUCUUUCCCUCCUCCUCCUCCUGUUGGCUGAUCUUCUUGCAGCCAUUCUGAUGUUUGGAAGGGCUGAAGUGAUGCAUUUUGCUCUGCCGGCAGCAGUGGGAAUAAAGACUCUCCUUAGUAGGUGGCUUGUCUUCCUUGGCUGGAUGAAACAGGAAGAGAAUUCUUCUCUUCUGAAAGAGCAGCUUCCUUUUAUCUUGAGCAAGGCCGCUCAGCUCCACCACCUGCUAUGCAUGAACCCAGGGUGUGUGUAGGGGGAGGGGGGAACAAAAUGGCAUACGCCUGUUGCUGAUGAGGAAGUGAGUGCAGCCCCUCACUUUCAGGGGGAACUCAGCCAGCGAUGGGGAGGGGGCUGCAGCCAGACGGCACUAUAAAAUAGUGGCCCUUUGGGCUUGCUGGCUAGAGUUCAGUCCCAACUUAGACGAACUAUGGUGGUAAUGAUGUCAGCGGGAGGCCUUUCUUGCCUCAUCCCACACAGCAGGCAGAGAUGGACCCCCAUUAGUCCGACAUGUUAGGGUGUGUUUGUGCAAGAGCCAGCCAGCCUGCUGUUCAGAGCAGGACAAAUUCUCACUCCUGCCGCAUCCGAGACCAUACGGAGCUGCCAUUUACACCAGGCUGAUACUGUCCAGUCCGAUAGGCAGAAACUCCCCAAGCUCUCAAGAGGCGUUCUUUCCUAGCUACUCAAGGGCCUGUAACCGGAAUUGGACCUAGGGAUCUAAUGCAUGCAAAACACUGUCUUCACAGCGUAACUUACGCCGGGCUUGCUGGCUAGAGCUCGGUCCCAAGGUAUUAAUGGACUCUGGCUAGUAGGAAGCCUCAGUUCUUAUGUAAGUCAACAUGAACGGCAAAUCCAACAUCGCCAGCAGGGAGAAAUCUAGCUGCUCAUUUAAUGAAGAAUAUGGAUGGAGCUAUACACUGGAGGUGCAGAAACAGGGCUGGGGCAGCAGUCAUGAAAACUGGUCACUGCAAGGUGGGGACACGCUCUAUAGCUUUUGCUUGGAUUCUGUUCAUUGUUCGUGAAUCAGGUUCCCAGUGUUUAUUUUUAGUUGGGCUCCUGAGGCUUUUCCGGUAGCAUGGAUAGCAAAAAUUCAGCCAGAUAAACAUUUGUAAUGGUGGGGGAUGAGGAACUUCUGCUGUUAAAGGCCAUAGAUCCUUGGUCCCCCUGCCCCCGCCAAAGUUGGCAAUGUGGUUCAUGAGUCAGCUGGUCUCUCAUAACUUUUUCUGGCUUAGCAUUAUUGUUGAGAUGAAAAAUGUGAAAGGUUGAGAAAGCCAGGUGAUGGGGUCUCCAUUAUUCUUGAGGGUGGGUUGGGGGUUGGAUUAGGCUCCAAAGCUGCAAAAUACAUUUUAGAAUGCAACACCAAACCUUAAUACAGAACUGGCAAAAAAAUGUGGUUACUUUAGGCAGGGCUUUGUGUGCGCCACAAUUCUGUGGCAUAGAAAUUAGCAUCUUGAGAAUCACAACUUUGAAAAAGCAAAAAAAAAAUUCUGCCUUUAAUGUACAGGGAAGUAUGGAAAUAGAAGGUCAACGCCUGAUGGGAAUCCAAGACAUGUAACUGCCUCAUAGAGAGUUAAUCUACUGGCCUGCCUAAUCUGGUAUUAGCGGCUUCCUUGACUCUCUGUUUUCUGGCAGAGAACUAUGCCAGAUUCUUUGAACUGGGAACUGGAUCUGGGAUAGAUGGCAGGCAGUACCGAGAUACGGACCCCUCAAGAAGUGGGGUGGAAGUAGGCGGCCAUCCAGGAGCCAAGGUUGGCAGCCCUAUGUACUUCCUCACCCCUCCUCUGAUGAGCACAAACCAAAAUGAUGCCAAUACACGUGAAUUUUAACAGUUGAUAAAGCUCAGAGAAAUCUGGUUACCUGGCUGGACUUUUUUGACUUUUUCCCCUCCAGGUGUUGAGUUCAUUCAGCCCUGCUCUCACGAACUUCUGAUAGGGGGAUGAAAAUAUCCUCACGUAAUCCUGCAAAGCAAGAUUUGUGAUCCUUAAAAAUCUUAUAUGAUCUUGAACUUGGAAGGAGUCAAGGCAGUUGCAUUUACAAAACUAUCUCAUAUCGCAUUUAAGUAACAGGCCCUGUUUCGCCUUCUAGGAAUCACUCCUGUGCAUUUUGCAGUCCUAAGGUAGAACGGGGAAAUUGUCACACUGGUUUCAGAGUAGCUGUGUAAAUACUUUUUUUUAAUUGGCUACGGUUUCCCCCCCAGAAAACUUGGUCUCGUCUAGUGUUUUUUAUAUCUCACGUCUUCAGUAUAAGCCAGUUUUAUGACAACUUUUACAUUUUCAUCAUCAAUAACAGAUCAGUGUUAAUGGCUUAACUGGAAUUCUCAUGUCCAGGGGUUUUCUACCUCAACACCGUUGCAUAAUGGUUUGCAACUAUGGUCACAGGAGCUGUUUGGUUGGGAUACCAGAUUCCAGUUUUAGGAAAAAUUAGGGGGGGAAAGGUACCGCAUGGCAUCCUAGGUCAGGGUUGGGACUGAUCAGGGCAGACUGUGAGAUCCAGGCUGUGAAGAAGCAGGAAAGGUGAUGUACCUUAGGAAAUCUGUACGUAACCCAGGAGACCUUUAGUAUCUACGGCAGAAUGCUGGGAAUCUCAGCUUUCAUUUUAAACGCUGCACAUUCCUAGUCCUUAUGGCAGCGGAGAGAUGCUUAAAAAGCAUGUAGUUUGCUGAAAUUGCAGAAGUUUGUGCAGAGGGGAAGAACGGGGGCUGAAGUGUUCUAUAUAAUUCUUUGUCCAUAUCCAUGUCAAAGUGGAAAAACUACUUGAAAUACAGUUUAUACAAGGGUUUUGUUUGCAUAUUUUAUUCACUUCUCAGAGUAUGCAGUCCUGAACGUUAUUUGGCUUGUAGCAUUUUUUUUUUUUAAAAAAGAUGCUAAACAUACCUGGUGAAGACAAGCGCUGGUGAAAGAGACGCAUGUAGAAAGAGGACUGGAAAUAACCCUAGAAAUGAUAAGAAGAAGCACUCUAAGACAUGGAUUGGAAGGUUUCCAUCUUCUGUUUUAGCCAGAGAGAACUUGAAGAAUGAAAUUUUGCCAACAGGAUCUGGCAACUGCAGUAUUAAUGGAUCCAUUAAAAAAAAUGAAUCACUUCUGUUGGAAAAGGAGUUUGGAAGCCACUACGUUAGUUGACUUUGGGCUUGGGGCAAAGCCGUGGUUCCAUUUUUUAAAAAGUAAAGUUAAGCAAUGCAAGGUUGAGAAAUACAGAACAGACAUGGUGCUUUGAAUUGGCAAGAUCUGGAGUCCUAAGCAGGUUCUUGAUUGAGUGGGCUGAAGGGUGCCGUACUAGGCUAGGGGGUGGUACAGCUGUUUGGGGUCAUGUGGCAAUAACCACAUUUCGUUGAGUUUAUAGGAGCAACUAAACUUCCUUGUUAGCACUGCAGUUUAACUAGUUUGUUCCUUUGGUUGAUUGCCACCAUUAAAACAUAG